UUUAUAGCUACUUUUACUCCACUACAUUACCUAAAUAAAUAGUUUUCACCAUCACACAUUUCAACCUGGAGUUAAGAGAUCUUGUUCAAGGACAUAAAGACUAGCAGAGCCAGGAAUUGAACCCACAACCUUUGGUUGAGCGACAACUCGCUGUACCACAGAGCCACCAUAGCUCCUCACUUUUAUAAUACUUUUACUUCUGUACGUUUUGUAUCAGCACCUUUGGUAUUUAAGUACAUACAACAUUGUAAAAAGUGACUUCAACUUCUACCAAAGUAAUUUUCUGGUUACUUAUACACAACUGGAUAUUAUUUAGUAUAAUCAUGAUCUUUUAACGAGGUUUAACGUACAUAUGACACCUGCUGUAUUAGCAGGUGUCGCAGUUGUGUGAAGGAGGAUGAGGAUGAAGAUGCUUUUGCUUGGUUUGUUGCUUUCGCAGCUUCAGCCUCAGCACAUGAACUUUUGCUGCCCCUCCUCCAUCAGCUGAUAUUGUCAACCCUGAGCUCUUUGGCAGGAAGUGAGUGCAUCUUGUUCACAUAGCUGGAACAUGAGGAGAGGAGGUGGUCGUACUCUCAGCUACUGGGGCAACGAACUCAUCUUUUGACGAAGAGAGAGAUGGACAGCUGUAGGAGAGGACGUCCAUGGGGGAAGCUGGUCAAAGUUGACUCCAGUGAAACUGUCCUGCUUUUCAGCAAGGAAUGCACAGUGGGCAGAAAAACAGGAUGUUAUCUGUCAUUUCCAGCCAGCAAACUGGUCUCAGGGGAACACUGCAAAAUUGUACAAGAUGAAAGCUCAGGGCUGGUGUGGCUUGAAGACAUGAGCACCAAUGGCACAGUGAUUAACAUGUCCAAACUGGUCAAGAAGCAAACUUACAUGCUGCAGAAUGGUGAUGUCAUCUACUUUGUUUAUAGGAAAAGUGAACCAGAACAAAAUAUUGCUUAUGUUUUCCACUCAAUCAAAACAGAGCCUAUUAUUUCACAACCUAAUUAUGACAUGGAGAGAUCGGCCCACAGUCCUGCUCUUGUUCCAGCUUCAGACAUGUUGCUCUCUGUGGAGCCAGUAAUGCUCACAAAGGCUCCUUGUAACCCAGCCCAGGCGGAACCUCAGCCAUCCACCUCAACUUCUCACUUCUGUAUCGAAGGCCCUCUCACUUCUGGAUUCAUGGCAACGCCAGCCUCUUCUGCCUCCGACCAAGUUAAAGAGGACCUGCACAACAUGGAGCCAGAAAGCAAGCGGAGGAAAAAGGAUAAUGAUCACAAUCAUGAUGCGAGUUUGCCACAAACCUCCAGUUCAGAAGUUGUCAGUGCUAUAAAGGGAAGUGUGAACUCCAAACCUCAUGUGGAAUCAAUUAAAACGGACAAGAUGGAGGAGACUCUGACGUGUGUUAUUUGUCAGGACCUGCUGCACGACUGUGUCAGUUUGCAGCCUUGCAUGCACGUCUUCUGUGCUGCUUGCUACUCAGGCUGGAUGGAGCGUUCUUCGCUUUGCCCCACCUGCCGGUGUCCUGUGGAGAGGAUACGCAAGAACCACAUGCUCAACAACCUUGUAGAGGCCUACCUCAUCCAGCAUCCAGAGAAGUGUCGCAGUAAGGAGGAUCUGAAGAGCAUGGACAGCCGUAACAAGAUAACUCAGGACAUGUUGCAGCCAAAAGUGGAGCGCUCUUUCUCCGAUGAGGAGGGCAGUUCAGAUUACCUCUAUGAGCUCUCUGACAAUGACAGUGACUCCUCGGAUAUUAGUCAGCCUCUUGUGCUGUGCCGGGAGUGUCCUGGCUACAGGGGGGACGUCAGUCAGUUGCUGUUUCCUACAGGUUCAAACUACUGGUUCGCUGGGGUAGUUCCUCCACCUACACCUGCUUCACCCAAACCAGCGACUGAGGAAGGGUCUGCCAAGUCUGCAGCGGAGCAGCCUUCAACAUCCUCUGAUGUCCCCUCAGCUCCUCAGGAGUUCUGCUGCCCCCCUCAGGGCUGCCAUGUCCUCUGCACCUGCUGCCUCUCGCCGAUGCCAGACAGACACACAGAGCAGAACAGCCAGCAGGUCCCUCCUCAACAAUGUAUGCUGUGCCAGCUUCCUUUCUGUCAUAUGUACUGGGGCUGCCAGGGGCUUCGCUGUCAAGGCUGCCUGGCUCGAUUCAGUGAGCUCAAUCUGACGGACAAGUGUUUGGACGGAGUGCUGAACAACAAUAACUAUGAAUCAGAGAUCCUCCAGAACUACUUGUCCUCCAAAGGGAAGUCAUGGAGAGAUGUUCUUCAGGAGGCUGUGCAGGGUUUGCAGGAUAACUACCGUCUGACAGAUUGCCGAAUCUCUGCCAACACCGUCAUGUGCUUGUGCUGCGGCCUGCGAGCAUUCAAGGAGCUGGCAUACCAGUACAGACAGAAGAUCCCUCCAUCUGAACUGCCAGCUGCUGUAACAUCUCGUCCCGACUGUUACUGGGGACGCAACUGUCGUACGCAGGUGAAGGCCCAUCAUGCAGUAAAAUUCAACCACAUAUGCGAGCAGACGCGUUUCAAGAACUGACACAGCAGUGCGCUUUGAUUACGGAGCGUCUUGUGCUUUGGACAUCAGAUACGUUUUUGUUCCUUUUACUCGCGUCCAUAUGUAUCUAGCUAACUGCCUUCCAUAUGCAAUAACCUAAUGCUGACAUAACAAUCAUUAUGCAUUUACAGUAGUCGACACAGGGCUGUGUGAAAUAAUUCUAUGCACAUUUACAUUUACCUUUUAAUUUCAGGGUGCAGGGAGUUAAGACCUGGCUGGGCUCAGAUAGUGGCUCACGCAUUAGUAUAACUGACCGGGUAAUCAUGCAUGGUUUUAAUUUAUUUGUGUUGAGUUGGUGGUCAAAAAGGUGUUUUCCUGGUAUAUUUGAUUUCCAGCCCGUGCGACAUAAAGUUUUCCUCUCCAUUAAGAGCGAUCGAGGCAAUCUGGAUGGAGAAUGGCCAUGUACUGUAUGUAUUUAUAGUUGUCAACUCUGUAAGGAUUUCUUUUUUUUUUUUUAGUUACAAUGCAGGACUUCAAAGAGUAUCUGAUGAUAAUUAAAGUAAAAUAGUAUAGCACUAUAAUAGUAAUACAACUAUCAAAGCUUCAGAGACCCCGUCUCACCUCUGAGGGUCUACUCCUGUUUUGUAAGGGCAUAAAGCCAUGUUAAAGCUCCUCACACAAAACUAGGGUAGAUUUUUAAUCCCAUGUGAUAUUUGCAAGGGAUUUCACGUCUGUGGGAAUGGAAUCAAUGUGUUGUAAUACUGUCAGAGGGCACGGGGCCUCUUUUGUAUGCUUUGCUCUGGAUAAUCAUCUCCAAGGUGAUUAAAGUCAUUUAGACGAGGACGUUUUUUUUUUCUGAGAACUGCGUAGUAAGGGCUAAGCUGUAAGGAAAAUGCAUUUGUUCCAUGACGACCUAAGAGAAGAAAGCGUAGACUGCACUUCAAGCGACCAGGGAUGGUUAAAAUGCCAUGAAGCUGAUGCUCCUUUUUGUAAGAGUUUUCAUAUGUAACAGUUUAGGGAAGUGUGCCAAUACAAACACAACAGUGUAUGUUGUUAUUUAGAUUUUAAUUAUAUACACUGUCACAGCUCACCUCACGUUUGCAUCAAUUUACAUUUAUUCAGUUUCUGUUAGUGUGUUGAAUUUAGUGAGAUUAAAUCUAGAUUGAAAAAUAGAUUUUUCCUCUGGUUACUCAAGUUUGCAGAGCUGCUCUUUUGAGGCUCUGUGUCACUGGACAUCAGCGUCUCAUCUGUAACUAUAACAGGUGUCAGUAAGUCCCCGUCACGCAAACACACACGACCAGUAUUGACGUAGACGCGACCUUCAGGGUUUCUCUUACCACGUAUUGUUUGUUUUUUUUUACUUCAAGAUGCUGUUGGUUGUAAAUUGGAACACGAGUCAUUUUGGGUUGUUUUUUUGUAGGGAUUACUGUUUGUGUACAGAAAAUGUUGGUGAACUUGAAGAAUAGUGGAGGACGUACUCUGAAGUCAGGCCUCGGCUCGUAUCGGUGUGUUUAGUUUUACACGUCAAUGUUUGUUUUAAAAAUAAGUCUUUUAUUGCUCGAUGUGUCUGUAUUGUACGACUCUUAAGGUAUUUGCACAUUAUGUGUCUCUCACACACAUUGAAAGAGUUAUUUUCUUUUAAGUGUACACAGUCUGAAACAACAACAUCCUGGAAGAAGUGUCUGUAAUCACUGUACGGGAGCUCAAUAUUCCUUCAAUGUCUAAUCAGAUUUUUAAUCAUGUAAAGAGAUGCUUUUUUUCUGGAAGAUAAUAUUAAUAGCAUUUCUAGUGUAGUGUUGGUAUCAUCAGCCAUAAUGACAUUGACACACUAUGUGUUGUUUUGGAAUUGAGCUCCUCAUAGUUUCAUUCUAAGUCUUGGUUUAUGAAUGGGCACUUUCCUGGCCUCUGCCUGAGCUCCUUUAGUUUAUUUGUGGGGUUAGCAUGGGGUGGUUUAGGUGUAUUUUAUUUUCUUUGGCCCCCCUCAGUCAUGGUGGGUUCACAUUGGCAUUCCUUAGCGGCUCAGGCCCUCAGCACAAGCCUGGUCGAUCCCCCAGCAGAGUGGCUAGAUUUUAAUUAUUCCUUCCAGGAGAUCUGGGCACCCUAAGCCAACAGCAGCCUCCGGCCGCUCCAAUCACGGAUUGGAAUUAAAGAGGCUUUGGAGGAGUGCUUUGCAUUCUCCCCGGGGUGGGAUGUGCAGGGUUAUGUUGUAUGUGGAGGCAAAUAUUUACUCGCUAUGCGUGGAUCAAGCUGCUCAGCAGUCGCCGAAGAGGCAGGUUUCGUUCUACCUCAUCACAGCUUCCAGGUGUGUGGGAGACUGAACAGGCACCAGAGUCACGUCAGUUCAAAGCUGAUAUGUGACGAUCGUCGCAGUGCCCGUGAACCUUGUAUGCAAUGCAAAAAUGAGUCUCGACUAUAAUCCACUAUAGAGUAGCACUAGGCACAUGCAACAACUGUUUGAUAAAUGCUUAUUUACCCUGUGUAUUAUAUUAGCAAUGCUAAAGUUGUCUUUGAAAUGGAACUGAUCUGCCUGUUUUCAUUGACAGAUUAAAAUAAUACAGAUAGCAGUAGAA